AUGUCAUCAUGCAUACAUACAGCCUCUCGGAUUUCCUGGAGGGCUCCUGGUGUUGGUUGGUCUCUCGAUCCCACAGGCUACAUAGGAUGGCAUCCUAUGCAUCUGUGCUCGAUAGCGCAGAGCGAAGCCGAUAAGGAGAGAGGUAAGACGGACAGCUCGUGUUUAUCAGACAGGCGCGAGAGGGGCGAGCAGAUUGAAUAG